ACAUGGAGACGUGUAGCAUUUUUGGGACAUUAAGAACAUGAAGAUAUGACAAUGGCAACCGAUCUAAACGCGAAGACAAUUGUUGAAAUUGUUAAAAAUUUAUUGGAUAAUGUGGGAUUCGAAGUACAUCCGUUCAAGUUAGGCUGGUACAAUGAGUGUGUGGAUAAACCGUUUGUACUGCCAUAUGACUCGGACACGUUGGCUUUGUUAGUGAUCAGUACCCCACAUAUGUAUGACAAAGCCUUCAGACCAUUCAUCUGUCGCCAGCAGUGUGAUGGAGUCCGAGAUCCUAUUGACCAGUGUGUUGCACAUCAUUUCAAACUUGUGAAAGAGAAAUUUCCAGAUACAGAAGUAGAAGCCGUUCACGACUUUGAGUUGAACCACAACCGUCGCCCUAAAAUCCUUGUUCAAACAGCAGGACAUGUAGCAGGUGCAGCGUUCUACUACCACAGAAAGGACGUUGUUCCAGACCAUUGGGAUGUAAAACAGAAAAUCUUUGGUGUGAGUGUUCAUCCUAAGUACGGAGGUUGGUUUGCCCUGCGAGGUGUUUUAAUUUUUAAGGCGAUCACCUGUCCGGAGCUAGUUCAGACUACACCCCCUGAUGUUAUCCCAGAUAGAGACACUAGGAUCGAGCUUCUGGAACGCUUCAAUAUGCACUGGCAAGACUGGACUUAUAGAGACAUCAUUCCAGUGACUGAGAAAUAUUCUGAGCAACAAAAGGAAUACUUUGCUACAAAGCCAGGAGAAAGACAAGCCAUUGUUCAGACUAUAAAGGAAAGUGUGGACAGUGUUACUGAGUGACUUUAUUAAUUUGACAGUGGUUCAGUCUCUUAAAAAGUUGUCAGUAUAACAGGUAUGAUGGGUUUAAUCAGACAUGAACUUGUAAUCCAGACAUUUGAUUGGAUGUUGCCAUCAGGCAACCUUUUUAUUCUGAAAUCAACACUCAUACCUCCCCACAUAUGAUAACUCAUAAUCCCCACAUCAAAUACACUCAACCAUCCCCACAUAAGAUAGACUCAUACAUCCCCACAUCAGAUAAACUCAUACAUCCCGACAUCAGAUAAACUCAUACAUCCCCACAUAAGAUACACUCAUACAUCCCCACAUCAGACAAAUCAUACAUCCCCACAUCAGAUAAACUCAUACAUCCCCACAUCAGAUAAACUCAUACAUCCCCACAUCAGAUACACUCAUACAUCCCCACAUCAGAUACACUCAAACAUCCCCACAGUAGAUACAACCAUACAUCCCCACAUAGAUACACUCAUACAUCCCCACAUAGAUACACUCAUACAUCCCCACAUUAGAUACACUCAUACAUCCCCACAUAGAUAAACUCAUACAUCCCCACAUAGAUACACUCAUACAUCCCCACAUAGAUAAACUCAUACAUCCCCACAUAGAUAAACUCAUACAUCCCCACAUUAGAUACACUCAUACAUCCCCACAUUAGAUACACUCAUACAUCCCCACAUUAGAUAAAUCAUACAUCCCCACAUAGAUAAACUCAUACAUCCCCACAUAGAUAAACUCAUACAUCCCCACAUAGAUAAACUCAUACAUCCCCACAUAGAUAAACUCAUACAUCCACACAU